AAGAGGGCUUCUAUGAUAGUAUUAGUAAGUAGUCAAUGCAUCCUUCAUGACAUUCACGCUCGAGAAGAACACGUCAAGGAAGAUCAAAACGGCCUACGCUCUUUGCACAUAACGCUCCCAAUUGACGAGAUCUACGAGGAGAAUCACCUACAUAUCCGCUGCGGCGGUGGCAGAUUGGUAGUGGAGGGCGAAAAGGAUGACAGCUACUUUUCUCGCUCCUUUCCCGUUCCCUCCGACGUUGAUCCCGAAAGCCUCAAUGCAAAGCUUUACGAUGGAAUUCUAACCAUCAGUGGUCCCAUUUCGUGA